AAAAAAGUUUCAAUCAGCUGACGCGGACGAGAUAAUAAAGACGGCUCGAAAAAGCUGUGCGCAGGUGUAAGCCUGCAUACCGUCUCAAAAAAAUCGGCGUACCGACGAAGAGCGCCGGAGAUGCCUCGCACGCACGGUAAGCAUUUCAAACUUGCGCGCCCUUCAAACCGAUGGGAGAACGAAAAAAAACAACAAAGUAAGUAGCCAAGUCGCUGCCAGUCGUAGUGCUAGCGGUGCUAACUCUAGCGUGUCGAUCGCGUCGUGCGACCCCAAACGUGCUGCCAAAGUACGGCGUAGCUAGCGAAAUUAAUAUUCGUCGGUCGAUCGUAAACGUUACCGUCGAGGAGGAGCUUUUCAGCCGAAAACCGAAAGGGUGGCAUUGCUUUGGCGGUAGAUAUAAAAACGUUUGUACUGGUGCUCUUUCCACGGCGCUGCUUUGAAAACAACCUCACGCACAGGCCAACGUGACGGAGCACCUCCGCUCGCUUCCGCCGCGGACUACGUUUUGUUUAUAAAACUGCGUUUACGACUCGGACUGCCCGGUUCGGCUCGACGAACGUCGUUUUAACCUCAGAAUCUCCGGGGCAGAAAGUUUUUGGCGUUUGUGUGACGCUUAAAUUGCGCCGAUACCACUUUCGGGCGCACUGCUGCGCGGAUGAAUACAUAGUCCGGCCGAACUGCAAGUAAUAAGCAGAUGGUAGCCAUUUUGGUUGUGAACAAAGAUAUUGGCAAUCUUUUUUCGGGAUUAAAUUCUGUUUAAGUGCUCAGUCUGCAGUUAAUUUCCAUCACGCGUUACUAUGCUCCAGCAACUCUCUUAUGUGUAUUCGUAGCCAUGGCCGAUCGAAGGAAACUCCAAGGAGAAAUAGAACGGUGUUUAAAGAAAGUAACCGAAGGCGUGGAGCAAUUCGAGGACAUUUGGCAAAAGCAUUCAUUCCUUUCUCAGGUCUACAAUGCAACCAACACGAACCAAAAGGAAAAGUAUGAGGCUGACCUUAAGAAAGAGAUUAAAAAGCUCCAGAGGUUACGAGACCAAAUUAAAACAUGGAUGGCAUCUAGCGAGAUCAAGGACAAGCGGAUCCUUAUGGAUAACCGGAAGUUGAUAGAGACGCAAAUGGAGAGGUUUAAGGUGGUGGAGCGGGAGACGAAGACCAAGGCGUACUCGAAGGAGGGCCUGGGCGGAGCGCAGAAGGUAGACCCCGCCCAGAAGGAGAAAGAGGACAUCACCGUCUGGCUCUCAAACUCCAUCGCAUCACUCAACAUUCACGUCGACCAAUUCGAGAGCGAGCUCGAGUCCUUAACAAUCGGCGUCAAGAAGAAGAAAAACGACAACCAGGACCGAGUCGAUGAGCUGAAAGCAUUGCUGGCGAGGCAUCGGUAUCACAUCCUGCAGCUGGAGACACUAAUGAGGAUGUUAGACAAUGGCACGGUCGAAGUGUGCAAGAUCAAGAAGAUCAAGGAGGACGUCGAGUACUACAUCGAGUCUUGUCAGGACCCGGACUUCGAGGAGAACGAGUUCCUGUACGACGACUUAGACCUGCGGGACAUGGCGGACUUCCUGACCAAGUCCACCGCUGCCGCGACGGGCCUGGAGCACGCGGACAACAACUGCAUCCUGGACCCGGCGGCGCCCAACGCCAACGAGGACGUGCCGGGUGCCGACACGCCCGCCUCCACCAACUCGAGCUCACCGGUGCCUAGCCCAGGGCUCACCAAUCAUUCCAGGUCCAGUGAGCCGAGCAGUCAAGCGGCCAAGACGGCGCGGAGUGCGGUGGCCAACUCCGGCGUCGUCAUCGCAACGGUCAACAGCAAGGCACCAGCGCCCAUCACCUCUCGGAACAACAGCACAUCGUCACAGAGCAGCAGUAACAGUUCGCCAUCGGUCAACUCCUAUCAAAAUCAUGCGGUGGCGUCUCCGCCAUUGACGCCCUAUGCCGUUGCAGCGGCAGCGAACGCCAAAGGCACGCCCUCCCCUCCGCCGUCGACGGCACCCUCCAUCGACGGAGCGGCCACCACGGACCACCAGGGCCACUUCCACCGGGCACCCUCGCCCACACAGCACAACAGCACUAAUGCCACCACAAACAACAGUGGGUCACAGCAACUGGCGCACAGCGGGACGACGACGUUGGCGGACCUCGGCAGCACGGCGUCUUCUGCGGCAGCUUCCUUGUACGCCUCGUUGGCGAGUUCUCAAGGCCGGCCAAGCUCACCCACGGCGCCGUCGAUACUGCACAUGAACGGCCCCAUGGUCGACAAGAGCGGGGACUCGAUGUCGUCGCUGAAGUCGAUAGCGGAGCAGGCGGUAUUAAACGCUGGUCUCGAGAGUCACCUACAGUCACCAUCCUCACAACAGCAGCAGCAACAGCAGCAGCAGCUUCAGCAAACGUCGCUCCAGCAGUCACUUCAGCAGACGCUUCAACAGCAGCAGCAGCAGCAACAACAACAGCAGCAGCAACAACAACAGCAGCAGCAGCAGCAACAAGUGCAGUCAUCGUCGUGUGAGCGAAGUAUGUUCGAGUCCGUGGUGGGCAGCAAGGAGGUGCCGCGGCCACAGCAGCAACAGCAGCAGCAAUCAGCGGCGACGACGGAGGCGCACAUCCCGCCCCUAAGAGGCGUUGCCCCCUUAGGCCCCGCCCCUUUGUCCAAGGAGUGCUUCUACCAGCUGCGGCUGCUGGAGGCCGCCUCCAUGCACAUGCCCCACCCGUCGGACUCUGAGCGCCUCAGGCCUUACCUUCCGCGGAACCCGACACAGGUGCCCAGUUACUACCCACAGAGCUUGCCUCACUGCGACACGGUGGAGUUCUUCCAGAAGCUGUCCACCGAGACGCUCUUUUUUGUAUUCUACUACAUGGAGGGAUCCAAGGCACAGUACCUGGCAGCCAAGGCCUUAAAAAAGCAGUCCUGGAGGUUCCACACCAAGUACAUGAUGUGGUUCCAGAGGCACGAGGAGCCCAAGACCAUCACAGACGAGUACGAACAGGGGACGUACAUCUACUUCGACUAUGAGAAGUGGAGUCAGAGGCGCAAGGAAGGUUUCACGUUUGAGUAUAGGUACUUAGAAGACAGAGAUCUGAACUGAGUGGGGUCUUCUUCGGCGCCCGAUGUGCAGCCACUGCCCCCCGGACUCCUUUCAACUCCAGGAGCCUGUGUCUCUGCUCCCCUACUGCUGCGACCCCCCCGCUCCGUCGUCAUUUCCGUUGCUUCCUCCGCUCGGGGGGGCCCCACCUGAGCACACACAACAAGCCGCCUGCCCCCCUUGGACCCUGGUUUUUACUGCUAUUUUUUUUACGCACUGUUACUUCGUUUUGUUUCUCGCGCAUUCCCCCCCUCGGCGAAUCCGAGCGCAUACUUUCACCCAACAACCCGUUUUUUUUUUUUUUUUUUGUCAAUUUUUCUUUUUUCUUCUCGUGCGUCGCUCGGUUGUCGCUUUCGGCACCAUCAUCACCGCCAGUGCAAGGGGGGAAUGCGUGCAACGAAAUGAAAACGUGGUGCUCUGCAAGAAUUUUUUUUUUUUUCUUUCUUUUUUCGUCGGAAGAAGAGGACCAUAUGUUGUGCCGCAUUUUCGGACUCGGCGAGCCAUCCACGACGCCCACUUCGCCGGGGGACACACAAACACACAAAAAGCCUGCCAGCGUUUUCGUCGUGCCGUAAUAGUGUUCAAGUCUCCGUUUCAUUCUUUUUUUUUUCUCUCUCUCUCUCCUGCUCCGGCAUCUGUUUGUUGUUUUUAUAUUUAUUUUUUAUGUUCGCUACCUCUCUUGGUCUUCUUCUUUGCUCAUCACGAAACAUCCUGGGGAAAAGAGGGAGUGAGCGAGUGACCUGUUGCAUCAGCCACAUUGCCACAUCAACCCCCGUUUAGAGCCUCUGUGGGAGAGACUUCGAGUGGACAGGGGAGAGCGUACUAUGGAUGUAUGCGAUCGUCUUGUAGGCACGCCGCGGGACAUUGCGAGCGUUAAUCGGCACCGCGUGUGUUUGCGACGUGCCAAAUGGGUCGGUCGCACGACGAUCUAGAAUGUGAAAGGAGUGAGAUUACGACGACAAUGUACAAACUUGCGGUGGCGAAACUUGGGACGAAGGGAUUAAAUAGAAGCAAUGGUGUGUGUGGUCAGCUGGCAACCUGCCGCGUAAUUUUUUUUUUUUUUUACAACCCCCCGUGGUUGUCGUGUACAUGUCUUACCAAAAAACGGUGGCGGCGGCAAGAAAAAAAAAAUGUUUGCGGAGUGUGGUGCGAUUGGCCUGCACCAGGAACACCCGUGCAUUGUGCAAAAGGCUGAACUGAAUUUUGGGUCUCGCCUUUUUGUACUGUACAAUCGGAAAAUUACGUUUAAAGAAACUGACUGGCAUCUGUGAGGGAAAGCAAAAAAAUCGUAUUUGCUGCACAGCAUUGGUGAGAUUCUUCAGGUGCUUCUGUUAACGCUUCCAUCUUUCUUCGCUGUUGUAGCCCCCUGUACGUUUUCUUUUUUUCCACGUUUCUGUCCUUCAGCCUUCAUCUUGUACGAUAAGCUUCGAUAUUUUUUUAGAACUGCGAACACAAAUGACUCGCUUAUUUCACUUCAACAUGUCCUGCCAUCCUCCCAAUCAUCUUAAAUGUCAAUGUUGCUCAUUCACAGCACAUGUUGUACAUACAUAAAAAAAAAACAUUCUUUGACCCCACCCCUCCCCUUUUUUGUCUUUCUCUCCACACAUUCAAGUGUUGCAGAAGCAAAUGGGGUAUCUCUCUUGCUGGGCAGGCCCGAGCAAGUCGGACAUUUUUAUUCAUUACCGCCUCGCUCGCUUGUAGCCGUGCGGAAAUCUGGCCAUCGUCAAUCGGCACGUCAAAUCGCUCCCUCUCGUUCCGUUUGCCUGGAAACAAAAAUUGUUGUACCAUUUUCCACUCGCUAAGGAGUCAAAAGUAUGCACCGAACCGUUUUCACGGCAUGUUCCGUUGCACGAGUAGUGGUUGUUGGCGCGUCGUCAAUUUUUUUUUUUUCCAGCGCUUUUUCACACGCCCAAAGUUUUUCGAAAGACUAGUCUUGCUUGCGGAAAGGCAAAAAAAAAAAAAGAAAGCAAAAAAAAAAAUGGCGUCGCCUCAAUCGGCCCUCUCUUUUUCUUGAUCGUCGCAGAACAAUUUUUUUCAACGCAGACGUGGCUCCCACCGCAAAAAAAAAUUCUGACCGUUGCGUGAACAAGUGCUCUCUCAUUGGCUCAAGUUCACGGUAGCAAGAACCCUGUGUUUAUUUCUUGUAAGCCUUGCGUGCAGCUGCUGAGGUGUUCUUGUUUUUCUGAAUGAGACUUGAUUUUUCUUCGCUGCACCCGGCUCGUCGGGGAGAGCGAAGUCCGGUGCUGGUUUGAAAAGAGAAAGCGUGUAAAUAUGUGCGUGACAAUGUACAUAUAUAUCUAUUAUGCACGUGCGUUAUAUAUAUAUAUAUAUAUAAAUAAAUAUAAAUACUAAGAAACCAAUUUGAUUGCUGCCGUGGCCAUCUCUGACUGCGCUGGCAGCGGAGGUUCGAGGAAAGCGGGUGGUCGCUGCAUUUAUGUUUUCGUAAUGUAUUUUUUUUCUUUUGUGCGACCACUGCACCACCAAUGUCAUUGUCGACUUUAUUUCUUUUCUCAGGUGGCGUAUGUAUUUUUCAGGUGUGUUCGUAACACUGCGUAAUUGGCUCACCAUUCUGAGCCGCCAUAGACCUAUUAGUGCCUUCAGCAAGUCUCUGCAAGUGAUACAGCUUAGUAUUACUGGGUAUGGGAAAGACGAAUUCUUGGAGAUGUCACUGAAAAAAAAAAUAAUAAACGAGAAAGCCUGGUGAAGCGAUUUUGCAGUGUCCAAUUUUCAUUGUGGCAAUUAAUUCAUUUCAGUUCAUUUUUGAACUGUUACUAAUUUUUUUUUUUUUUUUCUUUCUAUGUUGGACGCUCAGUUGGUCCACUACAGUACUUGAGGUGUAGUAGCGGUGGAUACGGGGGGGGGGGGAUGAAGUCGUUGAGAAAUUUUUUUUUUCUUUUUUGCCAGCGCAGUCAAAAGGUCGCCGAGCCCAAGCACUGGACUUCGGUUUUCUGUCUUGCCACGUGUGCGCAGUCGUUUCUUUCGUACUCGAAUCGUUAUGGAUUUUUUUUUUCCCAUUUCCCUCCUGCCGUCAGGUAUCGGUUUCCAUCGAAAUUUGUACGAUUGUGACGCAGGUGAGCCACACCUUGCGCUGCAAUACGUCGUGGUUGCGUUUUUCUGUACGCAAACUCGGGCUAGAAAUUUUUACGCCAUUGUCUGCUCGUUGCUGCGAAUGCGUUUUCGAUUUUAAUGCAUCGAAUUGCAAGAUGAUGAGAAGGGAGCGAAAAGAGGUUUGUUUUGGUACGCGGCUGGUUGCCAGUGUGCUGCUGUGUGGUCGUUGUUGAUGCUCCGAAUUGAUGCGAUUAAAAAAAAAAUAUCAAGCACAAGCGGGACGUACAAAAUUUCUUUUCUUACUGGGAAAAACAAAAUCGGAGACAGCGCUCCGACGACUGGUCCUGUCUUGCUUUGCUUUUUGUUUUGGUGCCUUUCUAGUGCUGUCGCAAGGGGUGGACGGUUUUCGCGAAGUCUGGUGCAAUUAAUCUGAACGCUCUCGGCAUUACAUUGGUAGUGAACGGUUUUCAAAAGCAAAUUUGUGGGCACAGCAGUUCAACAAAGAAAAAAAAAGUUCGAAAUUGUGUACUGUCUUCAAUGAAGUUUCGUCAACACAGUCAGAUUCGUGCUCUUCGAAAACUCCCGAGCAUCAACGAACAAAUGUACAUAAACAAACAGCCGCUUAAAAAAAACAGACUGUCGGGGUACUAAAAAACGUAAUGACAAAGUUGGGACUGCUGACAUGCAACUGGCUGCAAUUUCACAGCUGGGUGUGUGUACGUAUGUUUUAUAGGCUGCCGACACCUAUUUGGUAGCCAGACUUGCCUGCCGAGCUUUUGUCUCCUAUUGCUUCAGCACUUGGAAGGUUUGAACAGGCAAUGAAAGGAGUUAGUCGAACGCUGUUAUGAUCGGAGCACAAAAAAAAAAAAAUAAAGGUGUAGGUGGGAAAGGGUAAUCUUCGGAGGGGGUUGUCAACCGAGCCAAAAAAAAAAGAAAAAAAAAUACACGGGUGUGUUGAGAGAGGGUGUUGCCUGGGGUUUUCAGAAAAAAAAAAUUAUCUCCGAGGGGCCGUGGUUCACCAGGGGUUGUCAAGGGAACACAAGGUUUUUGCAGAUCUCGCCUCGGGGCACUGUGUAAAUAUAUUUCAAUAGGGGGGUCGGAGGAACCGAGCGUUUCCCGUCCCCGCUUUGGAGUCUUUGGACUUUAAAAGUCCUCCCCCCAUGUGAAUGAAAGAGGUGGAAAAAUAAAAAAAAGAACUUUUUUCCGUUCGUGAAACAA